ACACCAAGGAUAAUAACCAAUUCAUGUAGAGUAGUUGGAAGAACUAGGUUACUUCUAGUUGGAUGAAAAUAUUCCAAUGAAUCAAGUAUGUGAUUUAACAUAUAUAAAACCAGAACUAACUCAAAAUCCACUUCAUCCCAAUUGAAAAUGAAUAUUCCAUCAUAUUAUGUAUGCAGUGAAAAAAUUGAAGAGAAAGCACAGACAAUAAAAAGGCGGCUCUAGCAGCAUAUAAAUUUAAAAUCUACUAAAAUCAAAGUUUAAAAUCUACUGACACAUUUGUCUUCACAUAUAUCCAGUAUCCUUCAUCUAAACCUUACCUCAGUUUGUAAUGGGCCUUUUUAUGCCCUUACAGUUUGAGUGGCUGAAGUCCAGUCAAGAACUAACUAGUUUUCCAUGCACCACAAGCUUAGGCUUAAUAAUUUGCACGCUGAGUGCAUUUGCUAUCACUGGAGAAAUUAUUUGUUUAUGUAUUCCCAGGGCAGCUUUUAGAGCUUUGAUGAUAAUAUCUAUUGUUCCUGAAUCUUAAUGCUGUGGGGCAUGCGGUAAGAACUCCUUGACAUCUAUCAGAAUGUAUUGGCCGAGGAGAGAUUCAAACGAAUUAUUGGUACAUUAUCAAAUUCUGAUUCCACAUAUUCUGUUCUCUGCUAUUAGUCAUAUGAAUUUGGAUUCUGGGUUCCUAUCACUAAAGAACUUCAAAGCUGCCCUUUCAAGUAUCCAAAGGCAGCCAAAGGUGGAAUGUUUAAAAGGUUAAUGCUGUUGCCCCAGGGUUCAUUGCAUCUGAUAUGACUGCUAAGCUUGGGGGAGACAUUGAGAAGAAAAUCUUGGAAACCAUCCCCUUGAAACUCAUUUUGAAUUGUUUAACAUGAAUCGAAUUGUGAAUCAUGCGAUUCACCAUCGAUUCUGUCCCAAAAUAGAUUCACAUCGAUCUAUGCAUGAAUCAUGAAUUGAAUCGUGAAUCAAAUCACGAAUUGUAAGAUAUUGAUAAGAUAGGUACUAUUUUCAACCACCAUUUUACCUCUUAAUUAAUGGGAACUAUAGGCCGUUAUUGCUGUUAGAGAUAGACUUUUGUUUUGUGGAAGUUUAGUUUUUUAGUGGAUCUAGAGUUGACUACGAUGCUCCUGGACACUCAUGUACUACUAUGCUUUACAGUGCCGAUGGAAGUAGGUAAGGUUAUUGAAAUUAAAGAUAUCAAACAUGAUGUAGAUUGUUCUCUUGUGGAACGGGUAAAGAUGGGGAUUCUUUCCUUGUUGAAUGGAAUGAAAGUGAAGGAGCAAUAAAGAGGACAUACUCUGGGUUCAGAAAGAAAUCUGUUGGUGUUGAGCAGUUUGACACAACUCAAAACCACUUUUUGGCCGUGGGUGAAGAUCACCAAAUAAAGUUUUGGAACAUGGACAAUAACGACAUUCUCACUAGUAUGGAUGCAGAGGGUGGACUUCCGAGUCUUCCUCGCUUGAGAUUCAACAAGGAAGGAAAUCUUCUCGCUGUUACUACAGCAGACAAUGGAAUAAAGAUACUCGCUACCACUACUGGUCGUAGAUCUGUAAGAGUAGUUGAAGCCCCGUCCUUUGAAGCAUUAAGAUCACCUAUUGAAUCUGCUGCAAUUAAGAAUGGAGUUGAUCCUAUGGCUAGAAACAUGGAAAAGCCAAAAACUUUGGAUGAUGUAACUGAUAAAACCAAACCCUGGCAGUUGGCCGAAAUUAUAGAUCCUGCUCAAUGCCGGCAGGUUACCAUGCCAGACAGCAUGGAUGCAGUCAACAAGGUUGCUCGACUACUCUAUACAAAUUCCGGUUUUGAUGUUUUGGCACUUGGGUCUAAUGGGAUUCAGAAGUUAUGGAAGUGGACACGCAGUGAACAAAAUCCAGGUGGAAAGGCCACUGCCAAUGUUGUUCCACAGCAAUGGCAACCAAACAGUGGUCUUGUUAUGACUAAUGAUGUCACAGGUGUCAACCUUGAGGAAGCAGUGCCUUACAUAGCACUCUCAAAGAAUGACUCUUAUGUAAUGUCAGCCUGUGGCGGCAAGUGUUAUCAGGAACAAUUGUUGAUAAAGUAAUUGCGGAGCUUGAGACCUGUGGAUUCCAAUGUUUGAUUGCUGGAAUUGGCGGGAACGGUCUUCAGAUUUCCUUCCACUCUUCGUCCUGAUUUUCUCAGAACAUGCACUAAUCUCAGUAAGAAUUGCUACUCCAAUUUGAAAUAAUGUCUAAGAUUUAUGCUUCUCUCACCAUGUUCUGUCAAUAAUUGGUGUAUGUACAUUAUUGUUGUUAUUGUUAUUUUUGUUGCACAAACUAGGCACCUUUUUGUUUCUGUUCUUGUGAAGUACCUGGAAUGUAACUGUGGGCUUGAGAUCCCGUUUCCUGCUUCCUGUUGUUUGAAAUAACUGUAAAAUUGUAUGGCAUCCAGGUUCCAAAUA